GAAUGAAGUGUGAGUCUUUCAUUAGUCAGAGAAAAAUAAACACACAGAGAGCUCGUUUCUCCACACACUUCUAGAAAGCAAACGAGAAGAAGAAGUAGAAAACUUCUCUUACUUCAUACAUACAUUCAUUCGGCUUUUUUUGUCAUCUUGUUUCACUGUCAACAUGUAGCCACUUCUCUUGACACAUUCCCUUUUCCUUUUCACACUAUUUGAAAAUAACAGAACCAAAAACUUUCUAGGAAUAUCCGAAGAACAAGGAAAAAAACAAUAAGAUUUUUAUAAGUGGGUAUUGUCAAAAGAGACGAAAGAUCGAACCUUUUUAAGAAAAGAUGAUUCCAUUGUUGCUUACGUCAGCUCUUCAACUAGCAGAGCUUUUAGUUAGCUCCGUCGUUCAUAUUCUAUUCGGGCUUUACCUCUUCAGCUCAGCCAUCGCCGGAGAUCUCACUCAGACAUUUCUUGAGUCAAUCUUCAAGCCCAAGCCCAUUGUUGAAGUUAAACAAGGGAAUACAACAACACAAGUCAAUGACUUGACUCCCAUUGUUUUAGUCCAUGGCAUUUUCGGUUUUGGCAAAGGAAGGUUAGGUGGUUUAUCAUACUUUGCUGGAGCUGAGAAGAAGGAUGAGAGAGUAUUGGUUCCUGAUUUGGGUUCUUUAACGAGUGUACACGAUAGGGCGAGAGAGUUGUUUUAUUACUUGAAAGGUGGACGAGUUGAUUACGGUGAAGAUCAUAGCAAAGCUUGCGGGCAUUCUCAGUUUGGUCGUUUUUAUGACAAAGGGGAGUAUCAAGAAUGGGAUGAAGAUCAUCCUAUUCACUUUGUUGGCCACUCUGCUGGUGCUCAAGUUGUUCGUGUGUUGCAGCAAAUGCUCGCUGACGAGAUGUUUGAUGGUCAUGAGAACACAAAUGAGAACUGGGUGUUGAGUUUAACAUCCUUAUCAGGAGCAUUAAAUGGGAGUACUAGAACCUACCUCGAUGGAAUUCAGCCAGAGGAUGGCAAGUCCCUCAAACCCAUAUGUCUACUCCAGAUUUGUAGAUUCGGAUCCAUCAUCUACGACUGGCUAGACAUCUCCUGGCUCAAAUCCUAUUACAACUUCGGGUUCGACCAUUUCAACAUGUCCUGGAAGAAGACAGGCCUACGCGGCCUCGUGGACUGCCUUCUCGGAAACGCAGGCCCAUUUGCAUCAUCAUCAGGAGACUGGAUCUUGCCUGACCUCUCCAUCCAAGAAACAAUGAAACUCAAUGCUAAUCUCAAGACUUUCCCAAACACGUUCUACUUCAGCUACGCGACUAAGCGUACAAGAAAACCACCUCUUGGGGGAGUGAUGGGUAUACAUCCUUUGCUUUCCAUUAGGGUCUUGCAGAUGAGUCAGUGGCGUUACCCUCGUGGCAUCCCUCUGCCUUAUAAGGGCUACAUAGAUGAAGAUUGGCAGGACAAUGAUGGAGCGUUGAACACUGUAUCUAUGACUCAUCCACGGAUUCCUGUUGAACAUUCUAAUCUCGUUGUUCGUAGUGACUCAGAUUGUCUCCCGCUACAGCCAGGGAUUUGGUACUACAAGAUUGUGGAGGCGGAUCAUAUUAUGUUUAUUUUGAACCGAGAGAGAGCAGGUGUGGAGUUUGAUUUGAUAUACGAUGAUAUAUUUGAGAGGUGCAGGAAACAUGUGUUCAGGCAGAGCCCUCAGACAAUGCCGAACAAAGCUCAGAGGAAGCUAGGAGGAGACAAAGAAGAAUAGGGAGAUGGGCAAAAGUGUGAUGAACAAAAUGUGUAUAAUAGCUUUGUUUUUUUUUUUUUUUUUUUUUUUUUUUUGGCUCAACUUCAACUUUCAUUAACCAAUAUAGAGUUUACAAUGAUUUUGACCUAAAUAGAUUUCAACCACAAAGACAACAAAGCGAUCUAGUACCACCUAGGAACACAUCGAUGGAUCCUACGCUACCCAAUCAUACAUUGUUGUACUCUUUGACCACAAACGAGAACGAGUUCAUUCCACGACUCGAAAUGAACCGUCCCUUACACCACACUAAUUCUACCACUAUAAACAAGAAUGCAAAGCUGGCCCUAAGCUAUCUUAGAUCUCCAAGUAUCCUAUCAGAGAAACUCAUAUUGAAGCCCGGAGCUGUUGGUACCGUGGGAUUUGAGUGGAGCGCAAGACCAACUGCAUCAACACCAAACUGGCGCAACUUCUUAGACAAGGCAAUCAGAGUCCUAAGAGCUUAGACUUUGCAUCUUGCAAAGGAUCCGGAGUUCGUUGCCAAUAGUUUCGAGAGAUAGGACAUCAACCUGUGGCAUCUGGUUGUCAUUCAAGACAUUCUCUUAGCUACAAGCUUUUGGGCUCCGCAAAAUUAGAGUGAAAACCAUGGCCCAUAAGCAACAACACCGGAGUGCAUUGUCCCGACUGAACACUCAU